UUUACCAGGAACAAGUCAGCCAACGUUUCCUCCUUCAGACUGGAUGAGCUCCUCAGAGUUAAACAGGACCCACAUUUCUUCAGGUACACCUGCUCUCCUCUGCCGUGGAUCUCGAGAGAUACAUACCGACAAUUCUCACUCAUCAAGAGAUUCGGAUAUCUGCUGCCAGCGACGGGGGUGGGGGGGAUUUGCUGGGAUACAGACUGAGCCUGAAUCAGGAUGGAAUGUCUGCAGAAGUUAUUAGAAAAUAUAGUGUCUCUGAAAGUCAGGGCGUACGUGAAGGACUACUGCAAGAGGAAUGGUCUGCUGACACUCUCGGUCUUUGCGGUAGUGACCGGCUGUGUGCUUGGAUUUAUACUCCGGUCAUUCAACCUCUCCACACAGGCCAAGAUCUACUUCUCAUUCCCUGGAGAACUGCUGAUGAGGAUGUUGAAGAUGUUGAUUCUCCCACUUAUCACCUCCAGUCUUAUGUCUGGCCUGUCAGCCAUGGACACCAAGGCAAGCGGUCGUCUGGGAGUCCUGACCAUCACUUAUUACCUGUGGACGACCUUCAUUGCUGUCAUCGUUGGUAUCGUGCUGGUUAUCAUCGUUCACCCAGGGACCGGCUCUGAAAAAGACAGUCACCAUUCACAUUCAGGGCCUGUUAUGACCUCCGCUGAUGCUCUGCUGGACCUCAUCAGGAACAUGAUCCCAUCAAACCUGAUUGAAGCAACUUUUCAGCAGUACCGGACAGAUUUGGUACCCAUUGUACAGAACAAUGACGCAAAAGUGUCUCAGGCCAACUAUGUAUACGUCAUGCCCGAUUACCACGACCCUCGCCUGGGUCAUCCAGUCUUCCUGGAGAUCACCCCUGCACCUGACAUCAAGUAUAAGAUUGUCCCAAGUACAAGCAAAGGCAUGAAUGUAUUGGGGAUUGUCAUCUUCUCAGCUACAAUGGGUCUGCUGCUGGGGAAAAUGGGGGAACGUGGCACACCACUCGUCAAUGUGUGCCAGUGCAUCAACGAGUGUGUCAUGAAGAUCAUCAAUGCUGCUAUGUGGUAUUUUCCCUUCGGCAUUGUGUUCCUGGUGGCAGGAAAGAUCCUGGACAUGCACGACCCAGCCCAUCUGGGGGAGAAGCUGGGCAUGUACUUCAUCACUGUCCUGUGUGGUCUCUUCGUGCAUGGCCUCAUCCUGCUGCCUCUCUUUUAUUUCUUCUUUACCCGCAAAAAUCCAUUCACCUUCAUCAGAGGGCUGCUGCAGGCUCUUGUCAUUGCACUAGCUACAUCUUCAAGCUCAGCCACGCUGCCAAUCACUAUGAAGUGUCUCCUGGAGAACUGUGGAGUUGACCGGCAAAUUGCUCGAUUUGUGCUUCCAGUGGGAGCCACUAUCAACAUGGAUGGAACAGCCCUGUAUGAAGCAGUGGCAGCCAUCUUCAUAGCUCAAGUCAAUGAGUAUGACUUGGACUUUGGCCAGCUGGUCACUAUCAGUAUAACAGCAACCGCAGCCAGCAUUGGAGCAGCUGGGAUACCUCAAGCGGGUUUGGUUACAAUGGUGAUUGUCCUGACCUCUGUGGGUUUACCACCUGCUGACAUCUCCUUGAUUGUAGCCAUUGACUGGGUGCUUGAUCGAUUCAGGACAAUGAUCAAUGUUCUGGGUGAUGCCUUAGCUGCUGGGAUUAUGGCUCAUAUAUGCAAGAAGGACUUUGAUAAAUCAGCAACCGCUGCUUCUGCUGCUGUAGCCAAUAAAGAACGGAGAGACACAGUAAUCUCCUUUGGCAAUCAGAGCGUGGCACUGUCUGAUGCUCCGCUGAUCACACAUCGCUGCGAUUAUGUGUUUGAAGUGGAUGGAGACAACGUGCUGGAGAAACCCGUGCCCUGCUACAACCUCUGUCAAGUCUGAGACACUUUUACACGAUGCCUUCUACAGCACGUAGAUGCACCUACAAAGGCACUAACGGAGGCUCUAAAAGUUCACUCAAAGCCUGUGCCAUGCAGAAACCUGUACUACUUGAUACAAUGUACAAAACAGCAUGUCUCUAUUCAGCUUUGCAUGUAGAGAGAUGUGAGGAGAUGCAUUUUAUUAAAUCUUGAAUGCCACAUUGUCUGAAUGCACUUGCAGACAGGAACAUACGUCACGAUGACAUGCAUUGGAUGGAGAUCAGUGUUUAUCAGUUCCAGGGGGACAAUUAAAAUCCACAGUAGACCCGUCAUAAUGAAACAUGACUGCAGUUUUAACUUAAGUCUAGGUUUUGAAAUGCCUUAACGUUGCCUCAUUUUUGACAAUAAUGCUGAGACCUUGAAAGACUUGAAUGUUAUAAGGAGCUAAUAGACAAAGAGCAACAGAACAGGGGCUUUCUCUCUGUUAGACAAGGUGUUUAUGCAUAAAUAUUAAAGCAAAAUUAAGAAAUAUACCAACAUAUCCCUAGCAAAUGAAAAUUAUAGCAUAAUCUGUGUUUUUAUACCACUGCUUUUAAUUUUGUGUUCAUUUCUAAUAAAAACCUGCUACAUACCA